UGAUGGAUGUACAUCAGAAGCAGAAAGUUUGAAGCACAAUCUGAGGAGACUUUGGAGGCCUGCGGUGUCCCAAGCUAUGCAUUUCCAGGAGUGGUUACGGUCACUUCGCUCCGGUGCUGGACUCAAAGGAUCUGAAUCUGAGGAUUUCUGGAAUCUUCUACCAUCUCUACCUCUGCCCUCCUUCUCCCUGUCCUCCCUGUCCUCCCUGUCUCUGUCCCCCUCAUCUCUGCUGGGUUUAGGAGCUCUUGCCUCCCUCACUGCAUACUGGCUGGUGACCCGUCCCCGCCCCAUGCGUCCUCCCUGUGAUCUCCAGGCCCAGUCUGUAGCAGUCAACGGAGAUCCCAGCUGCAGGCGAUCAGCUCUCCUUAAAGAUGAUUCACUGCUGGAGUUUUACUACGAUGACACCAGGACGGCUUACGACAUGUUUCAGAGAGGCCUGAGGAUAGCAGGUAAUGGCCCAUGUCUCGGCUUUAGAAAGCCAGGGCAGCCCUACCAGUGGAUCUCUUACACUGAGGUGGCAGAGCGGGCGCUGGUGCUGGGCUCAGGGCUGCUGGCUAAAGGCUGCCAGCCGAACCCGCAGCAGUUUGUCGGGAUAUUUGCACAAAACAGACCAGAGUGGAUCAUCUCUGAGCUCGCCUGCUACACCUACUCCAUGGCCGUGGUGCCCCUGUACGACACACUGGGGCUGGAGGCAAUGGUCCACAUCCUCAACCUGGCUGAGAUCUCUUUGGUGAUCUGUGACCGGGAGGAGAAGGCGGCGGCUCUGCUAGAGAACAAGGAGAAAGGCGUGACUCCGGCGCUCUCCUGCCUGGUUCUCUUUAACGAUUUCAGCGACGCCUUUGUGCAGAGGGCGAACAAAUGCGAGGUGGAGGUUUUGAAACUGGAGCAGCUCAUGGACCUGGGCAGGCAGAACCUCAAAGAUCCUGUGCCGCCCCAGCCUCAGGAUCUGGCCGUGGUUUGCUUCACCAGUGGAACCACAGGGAAGCCCAAGGGAGCCAUGAUCACCCACGGCAACAUCGCCUCCAACACUUCCUCUGUCAUUAAGAUCCUGGAGGGUUCGUUUGUGAUCCGACAGGAGGAUGUGUCGAUCUCGUACCUGCCGCUUGCACACAUGUUUGAGAGGAUGAUUCAGGUCUCCAUGUUCUGCCAUGGAGCCAGAGUAGGAUUCUACCAAGGCGACAUCUCUCUUCUAAUGGACGACAUUAAAACCCUCAAACCUACCUUCUUUCCUGUGGUGCCUCGUUUACUCAAUCGCAUCUACGACAAGAUCCUGGGUUCGGUGACCUCUCCUCUGCGGCGAGCUUUGCUUCACUACGCGGUGAGGAGAAAGCAGGCAGAACUGAGUAGUGGCGUUGUACGAAACAACAGCCUUUGGGACAAACUGGUGUUCAACAGGAUCCAGGCCAGCUUGGGAGGAAAUCUGCGGUUCUCCCUGACUGCUUCAGCACCCAUCUCCCCCACUGUGCUGUCCUUCCUCAGGGCCACACUGGGCUGUCUCAUAUUUGAGGGUUAUGGACAGACUGAGUGCACUGCAGGCUGCACUUUCUCCAUGCCCGGAGACUGGAGUGCAGGUCAUGUGGGUGCUCCUCUGCCCUGUGCCAUGGUGAAGUUGGUCGACAUCCCUGAUAUGAACUACUACGCUAAGAAUGGAGAAGGAGAGAUCUGCAUUCGUGGCCCCAGUGUGUUCAAAGGUUACCUGAAGGACCCGGAGAGGACGGCUGAGGCCUUGGACAGCGAAGGCUGGCUGCACAGCGGGGACGUGGGCCAGUGGCUGCCAAACGGGACGCUCCGCAUCAUCGACAGGAAGAAGCAUAUCUUCAAGUUGUCCCAGGGAGAGUACAUCGCUCCAGAGAAGAUUGAGAACGUCUACAUGCGAUGUGUUCCUGUGCUGCAGGUGUUUGUGCACGGAGAUAGCUUACAGUCUUUUCUAAUAGGAAUAGUUGUGCCGGACCCUGAGGUGUUUGUCGACUGGGCCAAAGGAAGAGGAGUUGUGGGAUCACAUGAAGAGCUGUGCCAGAAUCCUGAUGUAAAGAAGGCAGUAUUAGAGGACAUGAAAGCUGUUGGGAAAGAAGCAGGGCUCAAGUCCUUUGAACAAGUGAAGGACCUUUACUUACAUCCAGAGACAUUCAGUGUCGCCAACGGCCUUCUCACCCCCACGCUGAAGAGCAGACGCGCAGACAUCCGCAGAGUCUUCCAGGAACAAAUAUCCAGCAUGUACGGCAAGACGGCCAUUUAAAGGACUCCAUUAAGAAAUAGGAAGACGUCACGUAAAGGCUGCUAGAUCAAAUAAGGGAAAAAAGGACGAGGGUCUCACAGAAAUGUCCCGCAGUGCCUUAGCUUCUCCAAAUUUGGGUAUAUUUUGGGAUAUUGGUAUUUUUCUUUAAAUAAGGUUUUGACUCACCUCUUCACGACAAUAAGACAGAAUGGAACCAAACCAAGUUUUUUUUAAUUACAAUCUCACUCUCGUCUUUGUCACUAAUUCAGAGUUUGUCACUGAGGGAUUUCACUGAUUAAUUCUUUACAGUCAAGUUUUAGAGAUAAAAAUCACAGACUUUAGACACUUUAAAAGCCCUCCUGUUGUUUUUCUAUGCUCCAAUUAUUAAAGGGACACUGUUGAGGUGUUGUUUGCCAUAGAAGUACCACUAACUUUUUUAUUUUAAGGUUGUUUGGUCCUAUAUUGCAUGAACAUCCUCAAUCUUAGCUCAAUGGUCUUGCAUUUCUAAAUGGUUCGGUAAGAUUUUAAUAAAAACCACUGUGAUCUUGUAAUCCUUCACCUGAGAUUAAAUCAUUCAGACUGACGGUUUUAACCAGCGAUGACUUGUAUAAACAAAAAUGGCUGAACUGUAUAUAUUGCUUAUAAUGAGAUUGCUGACAGGACACUACUGAUUAAUUCCAGUGAAGAGAAACUGAACAGAAAUAAAGUUUAGAAACUGAAAA